CUCAACCGACUCUUUCGACUCAUUCACGACAACGAUUUCUUCAGAACCCACUGUUGGGAAAGCAUUUUGGGCCGACCCUCGUGCCUCAAACAACCCAAAUAUUUCAUUGACAACGACCUAAACUGGUUGAUAGAGAUUAUCACCGGUUUUCAAAACUUUGUCAAUACAGAGCACCUCCAUCUCAACGUGAUGGGUCUAUACCAAAGUAACGCUUUGUCGGCGGAAAGAAAGGCACUCAAUAUACUGACAAUUUGGGCGGUUAUGCAUAACAGGGAUAAGUUGGCCAAAGUAUUCUGGAAGCACUCGGACCAACCCGUCCACUUGGCUCUCGUCAUAUCCAUGAUGUUUGACCGGCUGUCCUGGUAUGCCAUCGACAACAACAUGAAGUCAGAUCUGAAACAAAAAUCCAAAGUAUUCGCCGACUUUGCGAACGGAGUCCUCGAUAUCUGCUAUAACGAGGAUAUCUUUCGGGCCAAUAAUGUACUCAAUCAGUCCAUACAGGACUGGAAUUACAAGACUGCCGUUGAUAUCGCAGCCAACGCUCAGUUGAGACAAUUCUUGGCUCAUCCCUGUUGUCAGAAGUUCUUGACCAACACAUUCCUCGGCAAUAUUAGGCUCCGGGAGAUAAAUUGGGGUAUGUUUCCGAUCCCAGCCGCCAUUAAAAUACUUUUGUGUGCAUUCCUCGUGUUUCCGCUCUUCAUUUGGGUUCGCUUUAAGAGUAAUGAAAUUGAAAUACAAGAUAAUGUGACCACUGAUGACGAGUUCGAAGACGGUUACGAUGAUAUUUAUCGAGAAGAUAACACAGAAUCCUCUGUGAUUACCGAUGACACGACAGAUCAGGUGAAGGUCGGGUAUAUGAACCCAUCAUUGGCUAAGUCAGUGGCCAACAGUUACGAUAAUAUCAUAAAUCAGAGUAAAAAUCGUUUCAAUAACUCAAUCCGCGGUCAUAUGUUUGUGGCCAGACCUCCGCCAUUGCAUCAGAUGCUGGCUAUGUUUUUCUCGGCGCCGAUCACCAAGUUUUAUGUCUCGCAGUUCUUCUAUUUCCUAUAUCUGCCGCUAUUAUCACUAUCAGUCAUAUAUCCGGGAUGUGGUCUUUGGAAACUGGAUCUAUUAGUAUGCAUUUGGACGACAGUCUUAUGCAUGGAUUACAUUCGCCGCACUUAUAUUAUCAUCAAGAAGUAUACAGCGGUUCCAGUAUUUCUCAAAUCUCUCCUCCACAAUCCUCCUCUUCUAAUAUUAGAUGAGCCGACAGUAGGCGUUGAUCUGAUUCUUCGGGAGACCAUUUGGAAACAUUUGGAGAAUCUCUGCAAAACCGGAUUGACUGUCAUUUUAACGACUCAUUACAUCGAAGAAGCUAGAAAUGCGGCCAAAGUUGGGUUCAUGCGAUCCGGAAGAAUACUGGCUGAAGACUCACCCCAUCAUCUCCUAAGACGACAUCAAUUGAUGACUUUAGAGGAAGUGUUUCUCAAAUUAUCGCAAUUAGACGAUCAAACUAAAGUGCACCAUAUUAUAGGACAAGACAUUAAACACAUUCCUGUUUCGGUCUACAAUCCGGAACAGUUAGACAAAGCCUCGUCUUUAAGUGAAUUAUUCUUGGAUUCAAUCGACGAGAAACACAUCACUUUAGUCCGCUAUAAGACAUUAAAGUCAGCCAUAGAUGCCGUCAAAGAAAACGACGUUUGGGCUGUCAUUCACUUUCAGACAAACUUCUCGGAAGCGCUGAGAAUGCGGUCAAUACUGUCCACCGAUUCGGACGCAGAUAUCAUAAACUCGAGUUCAAUACGACUUCAGUUGGAUAUGUCUAACCAAGUGAUUGGCUUUCAAAUACAGCGACAAAUUUUUGAAGCAUUUUUAAAAUUUGUGUCAGUUCUGGCCCAAACCUAUGGCAUAAAUCCAGAGGCAUUGAAACCGCCCAUCAUUAUUGAUCCUCCGAUAUAUGGCAUACCAAAGCAAUCGUUGAUUUCAUUUAUAGCACCGGGAGCUCUAAUAAUGGUGGCAUACUUUGCCACAACUGUUAUGACAUGUCAUCUGCUAAUUAAAGAGAGAAGCGAUGGUUUAGUGGAGAGAAGUCUUGUGGCGGGCGUCACACCGUUUGAAUUUGUUUUAUCGCACAUUAUAUUACAGACACUUCUGUUGGUCCUACAGGUGGGCCUUAAACUGAUGGUCGCAUUUCUGGUGUUCGUUAUACCCAACAGUGGUUCCAUCAUAUCUGCAGUCAUUUUGGUCUUCCUUCAGGGUCUUUGUGGACUAAUGUUUGGUCUCAUGAUAUCUGCCGUCUGUCACGACGAGAUAUACGCCAAUACUUUAGGUAUCGGUGCCUUCUUUCCCAGUGUUAUGAUCGGAGGAAUAUUCUGGCCGUUGGAGAGUAUGCCGACAGCACUCAGAUAUAUCAGUCAAACCCUUCCGUCAACGCUGGCCAUCGAGACUUUGAGGUGUAUUUUGCUGCGGGGUUGGGGAGGAAUCUAUGGGUUGUUAGGCUCUUCCGGUUGCGGCAAAACAACUCUAUUGAAGUGUGCGUUGGGACGCCUGGAGCCCACCAGGGGAUCAAUUUGUCUAUUUGGCAAAACACCCGGCUCACCUGAUAGCAAAGUACCUGGACCUGGUGUGGGGUAUAUGCCUCAAGAACUGGCACUCUAUGAGGAGUUCACUAUCGAAGAGAUACUCAAAUAUUUUGGUCGACUAUUUGGUAUACAAUCAAAAGUGGUUGACUCGAGGAUAGAGUUUUUGGUGGAUUUGCUUCAAUUGCCCGACAAAAACAGAAUGAUUACUAAAUUAAGUGGCGGACAAAAAAGGAGAGUAUCCAUUGCAACCGCUCUUCUACACAACCCUCCGCUCCUAAUACUAGACGAGCCGACUGUGGGUUUAGAUUUGAUCCUUCGAGAGGCCAUUUGGAAACAUUUGGAGUUUUUGUGUCAAAAUGGAUUGACUGUUAUUGUGACCACACAUUACAUAGAGGAGGCCAGAAGUGCACAGACGGUUGGUUUCAUGCGCUCCGGUAGACUAUUGGCUGAGGACUCACCCGAAGGACUAUUAAGACACUAUGGAUUCACAACAUUAGAGGCGGUGUUUCUUAAAUUAUCUCAAUUACAAGAUAACCGGAAGUCGGAUAAAACAUUUGAUAUGGAUAAUGAAGAGAAAAUUGAUUUCAAAUCAAAUGAAUCCGAUGAAUCAAUUGAUGUGAUGGUGGAGUCAGAGAUUGAGCUGAAUAGCUGUCAAAUGGCUUACAAAAUGUCGCGAACGAAGAGUAUUGCAAACGGUCCGCCCGUUUAUGGCUCACAGAAUCCCUCAUUCAACUCGUUUGUAGCACCGGGUGCUCUGCUAGUAGUGGCCUAUUUCGGCACAACAACAGUGACCAGUCAUCUACUCAUUAAAGAGAGAACCGAUGGUUUAGUUGACCGCAAUUUGGUGGCGGGAGUGAAACCAUUAGAGUUUGUCUUUUCGCACGUUAUUUUACAGCUGUUUAUACUUUCACUUCAAGUGGGCCUCAAACUCAUCCUCGUAUUCAUUGUAUACACAAUACCGACCAACGGAUCCAUCAUAUCUGCGUCGGCCAUCACAUUCCUCCAGGGCUUGUGUGGCCUCAUGUUUGGUCUCAUGAUAUCGGCGAUCUGUCCGGACGAGAUAUACGCCACUACCCUAUGCAUCGGCGCUUUUUUCCCGACUGUAAUGAUGGGCGGAAUAUUCUGGCCGUUGGAAAGUAUGCCAACUGGGAUCAGGUAUGUCAGUCAACUAUUACCCUCUACUCUGGCCAUCGAAUCGCUAAGAAAUAUAUUAUUGAGGGGUUGGGGUCUAAGUCACUCUCACGUUCUCAUUGGAUUUAUUAUGACUAUUCUGUGGCUAUUAUUCUUUGGGAUCAAUGCUUUGGCUUUCUUUGUGAAGAAAUUAUGA